AAGCAGAGUUUAUAGAAAACACCCUUAAUUAGUUUCGGUUUUCAUUUUAACAGCGCACGUGAUUUCUGAUAAAAAACAUAGGGGGGUGAACACUUUGCACACGGUAGUAUUGUAGUGUUGGCGAGAAAUACUGGACUUUAAUAUUUACUGAAAAGAUGGCAAUGGGUACUAAUGAAGCUCCACAGCCAUUAGUCCUCAAUGGUGAUGUUACGCCCCUUGGAGAAUUGUCACCAGAAGACCAAGAAGAGCUUAGAAACUUAGAAAAGGAACUGCAACAGUUGAAGAUACAAUUUGAAAAAGCAGAUACAGUAAAAUCCAGACUGCUGCUAGAUAAACUAGACCAUGAAGAACACAAGAAGCAAGCUCAGGAUGAGAUGAUGAAGCUUCUUCAAGAGGAGCUUGAGUUUUCGAAAGAGCUGGAAAAUAAAAAAAAAAGAUUUGAGCAAGAGGCUCUUGCAAUGGAGAAAACAAACCACCAUCUGAGACAUCAGAUCAAUAAACAGAAAGAAAGGCUUAAAUUCAAGAGAUCAGAAAGUGAAUCUUUGCAGCAAAAGUUUAAGAUCAUAGCAGCGAUUCCAGAGAAGGCGGUUAAGUUUAUUGGAGUGGAAAAGGAGAUUCCUGAUCACAAGCUGGAGAAGGACUGUCUUCACAUCCAGGGCCAGUUCUCCAUCAUUCAGAACCCUGCUCUCACCCUCAGUGGAGGCCAGGCUCUGAUCACCUUUGAGGAAGAACAAGUUGCUGAAAGGAUCUUAAAACUUGCCAGAUGUCCAGUGACCAUAGACAAAACGAAGAUGGACGUGAAGCCUUCCCGUGUGGCAUUAGACACAACAGUGAAAUUUGAGGUGCAGCUCAAUGUUUCUCUGAAGAAGAUUGAAGUGUCAAAUAUUCCUCCUAUUCUACCGGAAGAAAGGAUCAGAGACAAACUGGAGUUGAACUUCUCGAAGCCAAGCCUGGGAGGAGGAGAGGUGGAAAAUGUCAAAUACAACAAGGAUUCUGGAACAGCAGUCAUUACAUUUCUGCAUACUGGAGUUGCUGAGCGUGUGGCCAUGAAGAACACCUACCCCUUAGAUAUGGGACUCAGAGUUUCUCAAGUUUUUGUCAGUCUGUGCACUGAACACCAAAUAAAAAAGUUCCAGACAUUCUGUGGCACCUCCAGACGCACAGUCCUGCUGUCUGGUAUCAGUGAUGUUCUCGAUGAGGAGGACUUGCAGGACAAUCUGGAGAUCCACUUCCAGAAACCCAACAACUACGGGGGAGAGGUGGAGAAUAUCAAAUACAACGCCCAAGGACAAACCACUAUGGCUUAUUUUAAUGAAGAAACUGUAGCCAGUGAAUAAUAUUCAAGGAAUGGAUAAUAUUCCUGUGUGUUUCUCUUGCAUUAGAUGACGGUUGAUUUUCUUAUUUAGUUUCUUAAUUCAGAUAAGUAUUUUAUUGUAAUCCUUCAUCUAUCUGUCACAUUCAAGAAAUAUAAUGGUGGUCGUACUGGGCUAUAGAUCUAAUGCAAAAAUGUGUGUCAACUGAAAUAUAUCCAAAUAUGUUUUAUUUAGUUUUUUUAAUUUUUUUAGGCUAGAUGAAGUACAGUGAUUCAGAUAUGAAACUAGAAGAGACUAUUUGUCCCAUCAUUGCUCGUCCAGGUUCUAGUAACUGAUUGAUCUCAAAACAUUGUCAAGUCGGGUCUUAAAGGAUCCCAAUGAUUCCGCAUUAACAACACCUUGACGUGCCUGUAGCCAGAGUGUGUGAGAGAAAUUGAGAUGGGUAACUGAGGAUUUGCUUUAUAGACAUUAAACUAAUCCCUUGCUGGUCCCUCAGAGUUCCUUUCAAACUGUUUGAGGAUAGGAUAGGGUCCUAUAUAAGUGUAUUAACAAUCAUGAUGAUCUGUGUUGUUCAGUACAAAUAAAGUGAUCUUAUGUAUUGUAAUGUUUGCAUUUAUGUUACGAAUGUCAUAAUAAAGAACAUUAAAGGUAUAUAUUCUGUA